AUGAUCGGAUGUGCGACAUAUGUACCCAAAGAAGCGCAGGCUGAAGCCGAUCUUCGGUGGAUGCGUUUAGCAUUGGAUAUGGCGCAAGAAGCGUUUGAUCACAAUGAAGUACCUGUAGGCUGUGUGUUUGUGCAGAAUGGAACUGUGAUUGCCAAAGGCCGGAAUCGCACAAAUGAACUUAUGAAUGCCACACGACAUGCUGAACUAGAAGCCAUUGAUGAAAUUUUGCAGCAUAGGCCACCACAAUCGACUACGUUUGGCACUGCGCCCCAUGCAUGUGCACCUGGCGACAAUCCCAUGCUGAACACGACGCUUUAUGUCACCAUUGAGCCGUGUUUGAUGUGCGCCUCAGCCUUACGUCAAAUUGGGAUUCAGCGUGUCGUAUUUGGGGCAGGAAAUGAACGGUUUGGAGGGAAUGGCACCGUGCUUCCAAUUCACGCAAGCUGUGCCUUGGUCUACAACCCUCCCUACGAAUCCCUCGGGGGGUACUUGCGUGAAGAAGCUAUCAUGAUAUUACGCCAAUUCUAUAUGACUGAAAACACGAAAGCGCCGAAACCCAAAGCCAAAGCUCGCCGAGUACUCAAGACAGAAAUAUACCGUACGUUUGUACCGCCCACUCACCUUUAG